AGCGAGUCCUCUUUAUCGAAAAAAACUUGAGCGAGUCUGCAGAGGGGCGAGGCGACACACGGGAGGAACCGGCGAACCGCAGCUAGCAGAAGCGGCAAGGGAGCCCCUAGCGGCGGCACCGAGAAGAAAAAAGAUGAAGGCCGCCGUCGCCACCAAUGUCACCGUCGACCUGGAAGACCUGGACUGCACAGUCUGCUUCGGCCCCCUCAAGCCUCCGGUCUUUCAGUGUGCAGCUGGUCAUGUUGUGUGUUCCAUCUGCUACGAGAAGCUCCUGGAAAAGGAAAAGUGCCAGGUGUGUUCCAUCGCCACAGGCUACAAUCGGUGCUUCGCAAUGGAGCGCAUACUGGAGUCUCUCCAGGUCUUUUGCUCCAACGCUGGUAAGGGCUGCACAGCCAAGAUGUCCUACCAUGAGAUGGAAGAGCAUGAGAAGGAGUGCCCAAGAGCAGUCUGUGACUGCACUGGAUCAAACACUAUGCAGAUAACUCCCUUGCACCAGGGCUUAUCUACAGACUGCUACACGCUGGUGAUCCCAAUGGUUUCUCCUUCCACCAGCAUCAAAGUCACUAUCAAGUAUCAACAAUGGUGAGAUCAAGAAGAAAAUCGAUUAUAAGAAGAGCU